ACAAGUUGGGUGGUACCUUUGAACAUAAUGUGCGUUCUUGUUUAUAAGUUUCAGUUUGUAAAGACCAUGAGUUUAUAUUUUACAAAAGACGAGUUUUAACUAUUAACUCUUCCAUUUGCGCUUCUGUUGCAGAAAGCACCUUGAAUCAAAGUUGUCUUGGAAAAAAAUAACAUAAAAACCGACGCAGAUAUCCUUGUUGUCAAAGAGAACAUGGAUUUUCCAAAUCCCAAUAUGUCCUUAUAUGUCCCAGAACAUUCAGAUGUUUUUGAAAUGUUCAGAAAUGUCACAGAUAUUCUGCUGAAAAAUUCGAGCUUCGAGCGAGAUGAAAAUGAUUUUGAGUACUUCUACUUCUAUCGGACUGAACAGCUCACCUUCCUGUGGAUUCUUUUCGCCAUGAUUCUGGUUGGAAACGGUGGCGUCCUGAUAACUUUAAUGUUGUCCAAGAACAGAAAAUCUCGAAUGAAUUUCUUCAUUAUGCAGCUUGCACUGGCUGAUCUUAUGGUAGGAUUGAUCCAAGUCCUGACAGAUAUUGUAUGGCGUACGUUUGUAGAUUUCUAUGGUGGGAAUAUUGUGUGCAAAACUGUCCGUUACCUACAGGUUUUAGUUAUGUAUUCCUCCACUUACGUUCUGGUGGCGCUGAGUAUCGACCGAUAUGACGCUAUUACGCACCCAAUGAAAUUCUCAGGAAGUUGGAAGAGAGCUAAAAUUCUGAUUAGCAUAGCUUGGGGUAUCAGUGCCCUAGCGGCGAGUCCAGCAGUUUUUCUGAACAAAGAAUCCAUUAUCAAAGGACGACUGCAGUGUUGGAUCAACAUGGAAAACUGGCAAUGGAAAAUUUACAUGUCUCUAGUUGCUGUUUCGGUGUUUUUUCUACCCACAGUUGUUAUCUCUGGAUGCUAUUCAGUUAUAGUAUACACCAUUUGGACCAAAAGUAAAUCUUUUUCUGAUUCUAAAAGCAGAAAAUCAACGUGUACAUUGAAAGAUACGCCUGGUAGAUUCACUGACGAUGACGCUGCCACCAGGAGGGUCAGUUCUAGAGGAAUUAUUCCUCGAGCUAAGAUCAAGACCGUAAAAAUGACUUUUGUCAUAGUUUUUGUCUUCAUCCUUUGCUGGAGUCCAUACUUCGUCUACGAUCUGCUUCAAGUCUUUGGAUAUUUCCCAACUAACCAAACUAACAUUGCUAUAUCUUCGUUUAUUCAAAGCUUGGCUCCCCUGAACAGUGCUGCUAACCCUUUUAUAUACUGUAUAUUUUCUACUCAUUUAUGUAGGACUCUGAGCAACUUUUCUUGUUGUCGUUGGUUUUCACGUCAUGGCCGUACUUGCUAUCCGAAAACAAAGCGCCCUCUACGAGCUGAUACACUCAAACGCACGUCAAGAUACACCACAAUGAGUGAAAUUGUUCUAAGGUCUUUGAAAUUAUCAAACAGCCGACAGGUAUCUUUAGAAGUACAUCCUUCGGAUUCGACAGAAACGAAACAAGUUUUUAAGCCAGAUAAUAGUAUAGAAAGGUCCAGAAUAUCUUCUCAAGUCCUUAAAACUAAGCCUAUUUCUGUUUAUAAAUUCUAAAAAGAAACAAAUCCUAAAAAUACUCUCUUUGUUGUUCUCUUUCUCUAUUUAUUUAUUUGUUACUUUAGUUUUAAGAGAUAUUACUUAAAGAAUAAUCAUUCCCUUUCAACAAAGAAGACAAUCUGAUUGGUUCAUACAAAUUAUUUAGGGGGUUAAUAACUGUUGUCAUAUUAAGAGGGAAAUAUUUUACCAAAUUACACGUCAAUCAAUAACAUAAUAAGUAUCGUUUCGAGCUUGAGUACUUUAAGUGGUCUUAAUAGAAAGUGACAAAAAGAAAAUGGAACACGUUAAAACAGUUUAAUUACUUCACCAUUUUUACUUUAAUAUUAUUAUAACUGGACCAGGACGUACAAAAACAAAAGUAUGUACGCAAUACUGUUAUUGCAUUCAGUCGUAUUUGUUACAGAUUUUGGAGUUUUUUUCUGAUCUUUUAACUUUACACAUUCCGAUGAGAGAAUAAUAAAUGGCUCAGUUCAUCUACGUGAAUGUGCUGAACUGUCGAACAUAUUACUACUGUAAUAUUUGUUAGGCCUGUCAUAUUAAGAAAGGUUUAGGAAUUACGUACAUUAACGGAAGUACCACCUUAUCUUGCUUUAUUUUACUUUUAAAAUUUAAAGUUAUAAGCUUAGAGAUGAAGUUCAAUGAAUAUUCAAUAAAAGCAAGUAUCCAUUAUGUCUUCAUAAAGUCGAGUUAAAUAGAUUAAGGGAUUUGUAUCAAUAAUAUAACAUUUAAUGAUUCAAUAAAAUAAAUUAUUAAUGUGAGCUUACAAACUCAUGAUAAUAGCAGUGAUAUUUGUUAUGGAUGAACACAUUUACUAUAAAUUAUCUGUGUGAUCUACACACACUCUCUCUUUUUGUAUUUAAUUAUUCCUAGCUUACUGGGAUAUUAUUAGAAAUAUGUUUAUGAUUUUUCCAUAAAUGCAUGUAGGUAGUCACACGUGUGAUGAAUCCAGUAUAAUAACUUGUGUUGUAUAUAUUAAAAUAUUUUCACGAAUGUGUACCUGCUAAAGCAACUUUGCUACAAAUAUAUUAUUUUUCAUUCAGUGAACGAAAAUGCACGUUUAUUUCCUAAUAUGCUUUUAAAUUCGAAAUCUUCUGAUAAAAAUUAAUUGUAAGAUAUCUUAGCUUUGCGGGUUAUUUUCUUUAUAAUCUCCUGCUUAAUGUAAAAAGUGAGUUAUAUAAAACGAUACCAUUAAGGGAUUAGACUAGAGUAAAACAAAGGGAUGUAAUACCAGCUACAAUAAUAUUUGUAUCUUCCUUAGUUCACUUUAUUCUAAAUGUUUUAAAGUUCAAUUGUUUAUUGUAUUGUAUUAUUGUUAUGUAACGUGCUUGUAUGGAGUGUUACAGCUCUUUUAUUUUCGUGUUUAAUGCCAGAAUGAACUUGAAACUUUGAGUAUUCCGUAUGUGCUACAUGUUUGAAUUUCAUAUAUAUCAUUGUACUUAUAUAUAUAUAUAUAUAUAAAUGUGUUAGGAGU